UCUAUUUAGCUAGGGUUCUUUCAGUGUUGAGUUUGUUUUCGACGUUUGGGACACAGCUGUGACGUUCAAACAAAGCUUCAGGUGGGUCAAGUUACCAAACUGAUGCCUUUACUGUGACCUCCACAAGCGGGCAGUUUGGUCAUAACCGUGUUCAGCGACUAAAUGGCACGACACAAAGAACAUUGGCCAUUCAGAGUACAGUUUUCACAAAAUUGACGUUUCAUUCGGAUCGUUUCAGUAUAGUGUGUGUCCCAGGUGCAACAGUAUCUGGCUACAAGUGGGAAGGAAGCCUGCAUUAUCGUUUCAGUGUUGUCCCAGGUGCAACAAAAUAUGGCCUACAAGAGAGAGAAGGAAACCUGCAUUUGUUUGUAAAUAGCUGAAACAUGUCGGAUGGUUAUUGAAGAAAACAUGAAUCUGGGCAUGCCAAAAGAAAGAAAAGAGGGUCCAUGGAAGAAGAGAUACGAAAACAGCAAGGCUCAGUAGAACUGCAAUAUAACGAUUUGACAAAAGUUGAAGAAAAUUCUUUUGAUGGACUACCGAAGCUGAAGAGCUUGGAUCUUAGCCACAACCAAAUCAGGUCAAUAAACUCCACAACGUUUCGGCACCUCCGGUUUCUCGAAGAACUGAAAAUCAAACAUAAUCAUUUGGGCGAUAUACCGGACCUGGGAGUUCAGAAGAGCUUAAAAGUUCUUAAUUUGGACCAUAAUGAGAUCUACACUGUUACCUCUACAGUCCUGGAGAAGUACGAAAAUCUUGAAAUAUUAAAUCUUGACAAUAACAAGAUAGUCGACAUCCCUAUUGAUACAUUUCACAAUGGAAGUAAACUUCUUAAUUUGAAUCUCAAUAGUAAUCGUAUAGUUAGCAUAGAAGAAGGUGCACUGGACAACCUUACAAGACUGGACACAUUGAAACUCAACAAAAACAGACUUUCUGCUAUUCCAAAGAAUCUCUUUAAAAAACUGCUUACUCUGAAGCAUCUCGAGCUUAACAAGAACCACAUUCAGAAGAUUGAAGGGCUUAGUUUUCAUGGUCUGGAGUCACUUCAAGUUUUAAAGCUGAAAAGAAAUAGAAUAGAACAACUUUUGGAUGGAGCAUUUUGGGGACUUUCCAAAAUUCAUCAUUUGCAUUUGGAUUAUAACAAUAUAACACAAGUUAAAAAAGCCUGGUUGUACAAGCUGUCUUCACUGAAAACUUUAUCACUAACAUACAAUAGUAUAUCUGAAGUGGAGGAUGAAGGUUGGAUAUUCUGUGAUCAUUUAAAAGAACUGGACUUGAGACACAAUCAGUUGCAUACCGUCUCAAAGGACAUGUUCGCAAAGCUGUCCAAGCUUCAUACAUUGGACCUUGAAUACAAUAAGAUAUCGUAUAUUGAGGAAGGAGCCUUUGGUCAUCUGACCUCUCUUUUGACCUUAAAAUUGGACCACAAUGAGAUUUCUUGGACUAUUGAGGACACAGAUGGUGCCUUUUCUAAUCUGACCCACUUAUUAGAUCUGGGGCUAGCUCACAAUAAAAUUAAGUCCAUUGCCAAGAGAGCAUUUGUUGGAUUGCACAGUUUGCAGCUAUUGGACCUGACUGGAAACCCAUUGACAGCAAUCCAGGAAAAUGCUUUUCAAAAUCUACACACUCUGCAGGAGCUAAAAUUCAACACUAGUAGCCUGCUCUGUGACUGUUCCUUGAAAUGGCUUCCUAACUGGCUUAUAAUCUCAGGUUUUAGUCACAGUGUCACUGCUCAUUGUGGUCACCCUGAGUCACUAAAAAACAGAAGCAUAUUUGAAGCUAGCCCUGAAAACUUCACAUGUGAUGACUCCCCUAAACCCUACAUCACUGAAAACCCCCAAACACUGACAGCUCUGAAGGGUGAGAACACAACACUGGUUUGUAAGGCUGCUAGCUCCAGGGAUACUCCUACCAUUUUCCAGUGGAGGAAGGACAGCAAGUUGUUGUUAGGAGGAGAGAUGGAAAACUUCAACAAGACAAGAAAGGACGGUGUUACAGAACAUGCCAGUCUCUUACACAUUCGCAAUAUUGACGACAAUGAUGAAGGAAAAUAUCAAUGUGUCAUUUCGAACCGGUUUGGAACUGCAUACUCUGACAAAGCACAUGUUACUGUUCAUGUGUUUCCCAUUUUUACUAAAACACCAGUUGAUGUUGUUGUGAAGUCUGGUAGUACUGCCAGGUUGGAGUGUGCUGCAAUGGGUCUUCCCUCUCCAGAGAUUGCCUGGCAGAAAGAUGGAGGCGAUGAUGAUUUCCCAGCAGCUCGAGAACGUAGAAUGCAUGUGAUGCCUUCAGAUGAUGUCUUCUUUAUUGUUAAAGUCAAGGCAAGUGACAUGGGCAUUUACAGCUGUACAGCCAAAAAUGAUGCUGGGAUGAUCAUGGCAAAUGCUACCUUGACUGUUUUAGAAACCCCAAAUUUUGUGAAAUCUAUGGAGAAUAAAGAAACGCGAGUAGGAGAAACGGCCGUCUUGGAGUGUAUGGCUGCUGGCAGUCCAAAACCUAAGUUAGCCUGGAUGAAGGAUGAUGCUCCUCUAGUUCCCACUGAAAGACAUUUCUUUACAGCUGACAGUCAGUUGUUGAUUAUAGUCCAAACUAAAUCAUCUGAUACUGGCAAAUACGUGUGUAACAUGUCUAACACAAUGGGAUCAAAGUCGGAUUCUUCUUACCUAACGGUUCUGCCAUCUCUUGCAACAAAGGUAGUAAUGGCUGGAGCAGAGGACGAUAAAACUACAACUGGAAUUAUCAUUAUCUCAGUUGUGUGUUGUGUUGUUGGGACUUCACUUGUGUGGGUCGUUAUAAUCUACAAGACCAGGAAGAGAGGAGAGGACUAUGCACUCACUAAAACAGAUGAGACUACCUUGCCAGGUGAAACACCACCCUAUAACCCAUAUCCUCAGGGUGUUGGUGUUGAUGAAUACAAGAACUCUGUCACACACCUGUUCUUGGACAACAAUUCUGAGCAUUCCAGUCGAGAUAGUGGUACUGACAGUGCCAAACAAAGCAGUGACCAACUUCUACCACCAGAAGAAAACUCUGGCCAAGUGUUGUUACUGCCGCAUGAAAGAACCACAUUGCCACACUUCAGAAGUAGUGUGGGUAGCAUGUUAGGUCAACAAAGUAACAUGUCUGAGGACACAGUGCAGAGUUCUCCAAGAACAACUAGCAGUCAGCAGAGGAGGCCUCUUUUACCUACAUUCCACUCGCACCCUCGAGACAAGUUGUGGAGAGGACGACCUAUCUCUGCUACAAACCAGGCCAUGGAAGAUGAAUACAGAUCACACAGGAUACCAGGUGGUCAACCCCAGUGGCCCGGCAUAAAAAAGAAACGCUCGUUAUCGGUAGACCACCUUGAAGUCAACCUAAGGCAAGGGGCCAUUCCAACUCCCAGUCGUAGCUGCAGUACUAUUUCUCAGGAAUGUCCAGAGUCAGAACAUGAUGUAGCAGAAAGAAAUUUACUUUGUAGUGAUGUACCAAACUCUGUGGACAGUUGGAGUACGUGUUCCUUAAAGCAUGGCACAGCUUCUAAAGAUGACCAGAACAACAGAGGCAGUUUUUCACUGGACAAUGAACAUCAGUGUUUAUCCUGUCAGCCUCUCCUAAAUAGUCAAGGUGCAAGUCAUUUUACUUCAUCUUCCUGCAUAGAAGUACAGGAGCCAGUGGCAAGCCAGACUGUCUCACCUUUAUCACAAGCUCGAGUAACUCGUAGUCCUACCUCACAGGUAGGAGUUGCGUAGCAUUGCAUCAGACUUUCUGCAGCUGUGUUCCCGAGUGAUUUUUGACAAGUUCUUUAUGACGUGCCAUAAAGAAAGUUAUGUAAAUAAACUGGUUUGUAAGUCUAGAAUGAAAGGAAUAUAAAUUAAUGACAACUUAGGUGUACAGAAUGCCAAGGCUUGUGGUCCUUUAUUAACAAGUUUCUGCUUGUACAGAAAAGUCAUUUUUGCCAAAUGAACUCAUGGCUGAAGCCACACAGGUUUGUUGUCGUGUAUACAUAAUCAAUGUACAGUUUUAAAUCCUUAUACCAGUCUAUGUGUAUAGACUUGUCAACUAAAGAUGUUAUGUAUAUUGCUAAUUACGGAGCAUGAAAGGGAGUAUUUGGCUGUGCUUCUGAGUUGUAGUUUUUCUUUUUAUCUCAAGAUAUCUCCAGCUGGAGAGGAUAUAAGAUUUUUUUUCAUACUUUUUAUUAAGUCAAGAUGUUAUGUGCCAACCCAGAUUUUAAACGGUUACCACUUAACCAUGAUAAUUAAGAUUAAGUUAUCUUUUCAUACAUGAAUGACCAAAUGGAUGUUUCCUUAAGUUAUAAGAAGCUUGAUAAUAUUUCUCUGGUCUGGUUGUGUCUGUUUUGUAACAACACGUAUCUUUAGUUAAGAAUUUUGAAUGAUCUUUUUAGGCUGUUUUAUUAAAUUGUAUUUAAACUUUGUCUCAGCUAGAUCUCUCUAGUUGGCAAGUAGCCAUGACACACUUCAAGAACUCCACUUUACUUGUGUUCAGAGUGGAUUUAAGGUCAAGAAAUGUAUGUUAAAAGUUAUUGUUGUGGUCAGUGGAAGUGAUGUUAGUUCACAAACAAUAACUGUGAUGAUAAUGGUGGUUUUAUUGUCAUUCUUACUUUUUUAGUUACAAUAAGUUAGUGAUUAGCAUUCCUAAGUCAUUUAAUUUCAUCCCCAACUGAAUAUUGGCUCAUAGCUUGAUAUGUACAGAGGUGACAUAAAACAUUUUUUUUGUAUAUUACGUGAAAUUCCAGUGGCCAUAAACGUUUUGCAACUAAUAAAUACUUAUCACAAGUAAAAUUGUGUUUAAAAACUAUAAUUACUUUUAACUCACAGAGCCAGCCAAUAAAUUCUUGUGUUGUCAAUAUUCUUCAGAAACUAACAACAUCCAACAGAAACAGCCAGUAAGUUAUCCUAUUUAAGAUAUUUCUUCAGAAACUAAUAACUUCUGACAGAAACAGCCAGUAAGUUCUACUUAAGAUAUUUCUUCAGAAACUAAUAACUUCUGACAGAGACAGCCAGUAAGUUCUACUUAAGAUAUUUCUUCAGAAACUAAUAACUUCUGACAGAGACAGCCAGUAAGUUCUACUUAAGAUAUUUCUUCAGAAACUAAUAACUUCUGACAGAGACAGCCAGUAAGUUCUACUUAAGAUAUUUCUUCAGAAACUAAUAACUUCUGACAGAAACAGCUAGUAAGUUCUACUUAAGAUAUUGCUUCAGAAACUAAUAACUUCUGACAGAGACAGCCAGUACAUUCCCCUACUUAAGGUAUUUCUUCAGGAACUAAUAAUUUCUGACAGAGACAGCCAGUAAGUUCUUCUACUUAAGAUAGUUUUACUUAUUGAAUAUGUUUAGAAAAGUAAUAUAUUCUAACUGACCAUGUUAGCCAUCAUAUUUAAUAUAUUUUUUAGACUAUAUUAAUUGCCAAUUGAUAAUAACUACCAGAACAUCACCACCCUUCUAGUAGGUUUUUAGAAAACUAAUAACUGCUUACUUGUAAGGAUUGCAGGUAAUUGUUGUACCUAAAAUAUUGUCACAAAACUAUAACCAUGAAGGUAUUGCUUAGAAUCUGUGAGCCUGCGAACUAACAUUAACUUCUCCAAUAAAAUCAUUAAGAGGGUUAAUUGUUUAUUAACUCAUUUCUUGUACCAUUUAGAAUAUUUCAUAGAAACAUGCUUUAUGGAUUAGACAACAGAAUCCAUUAUAAAUAGUGCUGUAGAGAAAAUAUUUGGGCAUAUUGUAAAGUUGUCUUAUUUCUUAUGAUAUUUUACAAAGCUAUAGAUUAGUGAAACUGUUUGUAGAUUAUCAUGUCAGGAUAUAUUACAAGGCUUAAUGUGGAAAGGGUGUGGCACUGUCUAGUUUGUGAUAUCAUUUUGAUGUGAUCGUGAAGAAGCCUAUGUAAAUUUUACCUGCAAAUAUAUAUAGGACAACCUUUGUAUUUAAUAAAUAUCCACUCACACCUUUACCCUCUUCUGUCAUAAACAUUUGUAAUUAACAGUUAGUAAUUAAUAUGGACCUUAUUGUAGCUUUUGGGAUUAUAAUUACUAAAUAUUUAGUGAUAAUUUUUCAUUAACUUGUAAUUAACUGAGAUAUUAUAGCUAACAAUAAGAAAUUUAAUAUAUUGUCACAGUCAGUGAUUCCUUUGAGAAUGUAUUAUUACACAGGAGCACUAAUCUCUAUAAUAAUAGCUACUUAGAACCUGAUAUUGUUAAUUACUCGAGUAAAACAUUGUCAUUAGAUAAUAGUACAAAUUUCUUAAUAUCAAGUAACUAAUUGUAAUCUUACACUGUUAACAAGUAUUUCAAAUGCACAUCCUUUCUAUCAUAUUUGAAGAAAAUUCCUAUUAUUGUUAAUGGUGAGACUUGUGGUAUUAAGCUGACGUUUUCUUGUCUUUUUCGAUUUCAUCUUUGUUCGAGUGGCCACCCAGUGGUACAACGGUAUGUCUGCGGACAUACAACGCAAGAAACCGAGUUUCGAUACCCAUGAUGGGCAGAGCACAGAUAGCCCAUUGUGUAGCUUUGUGCUUAACAUCAAACAAACUUGUUCAAGUAAUUCUAGCACUUUGAAAUUACAGACAGAGAACACAGCAUGUGCGUGUUUUGCGUUUAUGCACACAAACUGAAAUUCUGGCUUUCCAAGUUUAUAUGCUUGCACUGAGAAAUGAAACAACUUAUAAAGCUUUAUAACCGAUAAAUCAAAAAAUAAGAAUUUCAAAGAAAGCAUUUGCCUGAAAAGUAAAUUUAUUUUAACAUGGCUUUGAAGACAACUUGUUAUAGAUUAAAACCAAUGUAAGUUCAAACAACGUGAUGUACAAAGAAUCAGAGAGUUCCUCUCCAUAUUUUGUCUGUUUUGUUUUUUCUUGUGCCAAGUGAUAGAACUCAGCUUUAGUGGGUACUGAGGUGGUUUACAGUUGAAUAAGUGUACAAAGAUUGUACAUAGAACAGUUCUUUGGUCUAUUUAAGAGAUGUAUUUACUUCUUUGCAACCAGAAGGAAAUUGUGUAUAUUUUAAGUUUCGUCUGAUUUUAUUUCACGUAGUUUAUUUUCCAUGUUUUCAUGGUGUGAUGCUGGGUGGUCAGUUCUAAAAAAAUAUUGUACGCAUUCAAAUAACUUAGAGGAACAAUUAUUUAGGUUUUUAAUGUUUGUUUUACGGUUUUAACGAAAGUAUAUACUGAUUUAAGAGUGACCUAAACGAUACAUGAACAGAGAUUGUAAGGUAUGAAUUUGUAUAUUUCAAUAUUAACAUUGUUCUCCUGAUUGUUAGAAACUGUUUAGCAAUGAGUGGAUUUAUUUAGCACUGCAAGAUUAAGUUGUUGUAAAUAUGUCCUUGUUUACUAGGACGAGACUAUUUAUCACGUGUCAAAUAUUUACAGAUAAUUUGGAAACAAAUCUAGCUAAGCAUUCUUGUGCUGUGUCAGUUUAAUGGUGAAUGCUGUUUGCUCAGUCUUUAUAACGUUAACGUGACAACAUAUAGUAGACUUUUAUGAUACA